AUGACCACUAUCAUGCCAAGUAGAAGAAAUUCUAGAAGAUCCAGUAUAUCGUCAGAUUGUAGCAAUAGUAACUCAAUAGCUGCAAAACCAAGGAACUCAAACAUACAAAAGGUUUCUACAAACUUUAACUCUUACUCAAAUUCUGGAAGUAUGCAUAGAUCAAAAAGUAUAACACAUAUAGACGAAAGAAACUCGCAGCAACAAUACUUAAGAGGUAUAUCUGGACCCUCCAAAUUAAUCACCAGUAGCAAAUCUUGGAAGGGUCCUGAAGUUUUAGAGCAGCAUAAUGCACAAAUAUCAGGAGAAAAAGCAGUGACUAAGGGUAAAAGUAAAGAAAUUAACAGCAAAUUAACAGGAAAUAGAAGCAUUAAGGAGGUUUUUGCUUCAAUAGUGAGAGGAAGCUCAAAGAUAAAGAAUCGUAGUGCUUCUAUGAAAACAAAUGGACUAGUUAACAAAAUUUCUGACGAAGAUGGUCUGAAAAUAUCUGAAUCUAGACAUUCUGUCUUAGAAGAGAGAUCUCUGUCUUGUAUUGAACAGCUUCCAAGUUCUGGGAGUGAUGAAUUGGAUAACAACAAGCUAGUUAUUCUGACUGGUCCUCCAACUCAGAGGUCAAUAUUAACGAGACUAGAUUUAUCAGAACUCAAGACUAAGGUAGACUUUGUGCUUUCUACUGAGCAGAGAUUUCUGGAGUCUGCAAAGUACUCAUUUCAACAGUUUGAUGGUGAUAAUGAUGGUUAUCUGAAGAUUGAUGAAUUACUUGACUUACUCACAACCUUAGGUGAGCAUCUUGCUCUACCACCUAUCAAUAAAAAAAGUGUAGUAAAUGAAAUACUUACUCAUUUAAAUUCUACUGCAGCUGUUGAUCUGAAGAAUCCUAAUGAACUAGAGAUGAUUAGCUUUCACUUUUUUCUGCGAUACUUUUUAAAUGUAUUAACAGCAAUUAGACGAAGGCACUUUGAUAUAAGGAAAUUUCAACAUUGUAGUAAACAAAAUUCGGUUAGCAGGAAACAUUUAAUAUAUGAAGAAGAUAUUAAUGAUCUAUAUACAUUUCAUAACCAGCUAGGUAUUGGGACCUAUGGGGAGGUUUACUUAGUAACUGAAAAUUAUACUCGUCAAAGACGAGUUUGUAAGAUUAUUGACAAAGCGAAGUGUAAAAAGAAGCUAGAUAGUAUUGAUCUAGAGGUUGAGAUACUAAAGAAAUUGGAUCAUCCUGGAAUUGUGCAUAUUUAUGAAGUUUAUGAAGACAAAUUAAAUAUGUAUAUAAUUCAAGAAUACUGCGCUGGAGGUAAUUUAUUUCAAUCUUUACGAGAUUCAAUCCAGUCAGGAUUUAGAAUAUCAGAGUAUCAUGUAGCUAGAAUUGUUCAGCAAAUAUUGCUUGCUGUCCGUUACUUACAUCAACAGAGAGUAGUUCACAAAGAUUUAAAGCCGCAAAAUAUCCUAUUAACUAACUCAUUUGGAAGUGGAAACACAACAAUAAAGCUCAUUGACUUUGGUUUAAGCGAAAUGUUUACUAGUGAAGAGACAGAGCUAUUUUUUUUUGAGGAUACAUGUACAAAAAUAGCUGGAAGUUUGGAUUAUAUGGCACCAGAAAUGAUAUUGGAGCAACCCUUUUCAUAUAGCGUUGAUAUAUGGGCUGUUGGUGUUGUAAUGUUCUGCUUACUUACUGGUUAUCAUCCAUUUAAAGGCUCAAAUCACUCAGAAACAAGAGCUAAUAUAUGCGAGUCUAUAGCGCCAAUAGAUGAGAUACCAUUUAUUACAGAAUUAGGUAAAAACUUCCUUAAAAGAUUACUAGAAAAGAAACCUCGAUGUAGGAUUACGGUUGAUGAAGCUUUAAACCACGAAUGGCUAGUACUUCCACAUAAAAUAUACAAUGAAGUUGACAUCGGUACACCACUAUUAGCACACCUAAGGGCAUACACACGACAGUCUGAAUUGCGACAUUUAUUAAUUCAUAUGUUGACUCACCAAUUGGCACUCGAUACUGCACAAAUAAAUAUGAUAACUAGUACAUUCCGUUCUUUGGACACAGAUAAUGAUGGUUUACUGUCCUUAGAGGAAAUUGCAAGUGGAUUUGAGUCUGCUGGUAUAUUACAAUGGGAAGCAGCCAUUAUUAUGAGGGCUAUGGAUAUCGAUGGAAAUGGUAUGAUAUCUUAUAGUGAAUUCAUAACUGCGUGUCAUAUAUGGAAGAAAAGUGAAAUCAGGCAACUAAGAUCAUUAUUUAUGAAGAUAGAUUUAGAUAAAGAUGGAAUAGUAUCUAGACAAGAUUUUAAAACUCUACUCAAAACACAACAAUCUAAGUUACUAUCUAAUAUAACAAAGGGAUUUUCAUCACUUGCAGAGCCUAAUUGUCGAACGGUACUACCUUCAACAAAUCAAGGUGUAUAUACCGAUUGGGAUACUAUUUUAGAUGAAAUAGAUACUAACCACGAUGGCUCCAUUGAUUGGAGUGAAUUUUGUGAAUUUAUCUUAAGUUUCUUCAAUGACUCUAAAAUAUAUGUCAAAUCAUCUAAUACUGCCUCAGUUGUAUUUAGGAAAGAGCCUAUACCACAAAGAUUAAAUUAG